AUGGCGAAACGAAAGAUUCACAGAUCCUUGGUAAUCAAGGAAAUCAAGGCUGACAUGAAGACCAAGUGGAACGCGCAGACGGUAGGAGUCCGCAAAGGUUGCAUCAUUGCAUCCGUACUAGGAGAGAUUGUGCAUAUUGGCACGAAUUAUCAGCUUGACUUCGUCAUGCCGUCGGACCUGCAGAAGUACCGCCCAAGCGUGUGA